GUCUCUCGUUAAAAUGUUAAGUAAUUAUUAUUAAAUAUUAACAAACAUCUGUUCGAUUCAUUUGAAUAGUAAAGCAUUAAUUAUCUACCGACAGUUGUCAGUGGGGACUAAAGACCUAUAAACUACCUUCUAAUUUUUUUACUAUAGCAGGUCAUGACUAUAUUAUCACCGUUAAAAAAAAUACAACCUGACCGUCGACCAGUGGAGAUACUCACACGGUAAUACCGGUUUUGCGGUAUUAUUCACACGUCAUUUUUUUAUUACCAUCAAAUGAUAGUAAAACUUGCAGUUCUUAAUUUUUAAGUUUGUUAAAAUUGAGCGUCUCUAUUUAGAACAGAAUUGAUUAAACAUAGGCACAAAGAAAAUGGGUUGUUUAAAAUGCUUUUUGAACACUGGUAUCUAUUUUGCGGCAUUAAUAGGCUUCUUGGCUAUUGUACCCUUGCCACCAUUCAAUAGCACAUUCACUAAAUAUAGCAAUGCACCUGCUAAACCAUUAACUGGGCCGUUGGCACUAAAUGAAAAGUUAUCAGGUGGUAAAAGACUUUUUGAAAACGAACUUAAAGGACCAGAAGGGCUUUGGUAUCAUGAAGGCGCUUUAUAUGCAUCUAUUCAUGGUGGACAUGUAAUCAAAAUAGUUGAUGAUAAAAUCAUUCCUGUUGUGAAAUUUGGAAAAUUAUGUGAUGGAUUAUACGAAGAACACAUUUGUGGGCGUCCGCUUGGGUUGUAUUUUGAUAAAAAAGGAUUUAUAUAUGUCGCCGAUGCUUAUUAUGGCCUUUUCAAAGUCAACGUUAACUCAACUCAUAUGGGUGAAAAAGAACAGCUAGUAUCAAUGACAGAUAUUAUUGACGGUAAACCACCGAAUUUGCCCAAUUCUGUUGUCGUAGCUUCUGAUGGUUCCGUAUAUUGGACAGACUCUGAUUCUAACCACAAAUUACACGAUGGUCUCUACACUGUAUUCGUUGACGGUACUGGAAGAUUGUUGAAAUAUGAUCCUAAAACAAAAAAGAAUACAGUUUUAAUGAAGAAUCUUCAAUUCGCUAAUGGCGUGGAGCUAUCGCUGGAUGAGUCAUUUAUUAUAGUUGCUGAAACUUUAAAAUACCAAAUCCAUAAGUAUUAUCUAAAUGGACCUAAAGCUCAAACCAGUGAAAUAUUUAUCGAUGGAUUACCAGGUUCACCAGAUAACCUAAAGAAAGACGGUAAAGGCUCUUUUUAUGUGCCAUUAAUUUUGGAAAGACAAGCAUAUAUGGAAAUCAUAACCAACUAUCCAAAUGUCAGAAUGUUAGUGGCCAAAUUACUUGGAAUUGCGGACUAUAUUCUUUUGGCAAUCGAUUCGUAUUAUCCAAAUAUUUAUUGUAAAAAAGGCGCUCACUGGGUUGGGCAUUUUGAAUCUUCACCAUUUGCAUCGAAAAAACUUUCAAUACUGAAAAUCAACGAAAAAGGCGUUAUAACAUCGAGUUGGCAUUCCACUAGUGGUGUAAUUGCUAGUAUUUGCGAUAUUGAAGUCGUUGGUGAUAAAUUAUACUUGGGUUCUCCAUUCAACAACUAUCUGGGGGUCACCGAACGCCCUAAAGACUUUUAAAUAGUUUUUUCAUAAAUUAUAUUUUUCUCGUUAAAAGAAUAAUCAAAUUAUUGUAUAGGAGUUUUCAAUAAAAAAUAAGUCAACCGAAAUUAUAUUUAUUCAUGAGCAAUUAAGGUUAAAAUAAUAUAAUAAUAUUUAAAAAAUAAUGUUUAUCUAAUUAUAGAUAAGACGUACUUUGGUAUGAAAUAGCGUUCAUUACUUACUGAAUACUUAAUUAUUGAGAAUCAAGUAUAUUUGAACAAUUUUGAAAGUUUGUUAGCGAAAUUAAUUUGCGUUUAAAAUCGAGGUAAGUUUAAAGUCAUCUGUUGGCAACAGAUAAGUUUAAAUUGAUAGUCGCCGACAUCAGAACACGUACCUAAACAAAAGUUUAUAUUAUUAUUUUAACGUGUUGACACAAAAACGUUAAAACAACGUUACCUAUUAAUAAAUAAAUUGUUUUAGAAUCAAAAUACGAUUUUAAUGUUAUUAUGUUUUAUCUUUGUUGUUCUAUUGUGUGUGUAUUUAUAAAUUUAGAAAAAAUUUAAAUUUUUUAGUUUUUUAUUAAUGCGGAUAAUGGGUACGUAAAUAUUAAAUUUGUUUUAAUUGUUUUCAAUCAUUUAAUUAAGACCCAAUUUAUUACGAUGUAUUGUGAAUCAAUAAAAUUGUUAUAGUUUAUAAAACCGCCGUUGCAUG